AUGUCAGCACCGCGAGAAAGUAUCAUGACGGCACCGUCUGGAUCUGUGAACAGUAACAAGUUUAAUAUUGUAGGAUCCGGGACAAGUAAUAACGUUCCAGCAGCUGGGGGAGGAGCAGUAGAAGGACAUGGUGGUGCAAAUUUUAGCAAUACCAGCAUCAGUGCAGUACCACAACCCUCGACUGGCGGGAAUGUUCUAAUUCCGGAUGCCGCUAGUAACAAUCGCCUUCGACACCAUCCGGUCCAUCAUCCAGCUAUGGAAUGCAAUGAAACCGUUGCAGCUAGUGGCUUACAGCAGCUUUCUAAUGUGGCCGCACUCAAGCUGAGGGGCGAAUGCGCUGGCCCCACCACAGUACAGUAUUCCAAUAUGAUCUGCACAAGUUACGGUGCGACGACGGCAACCGCAACGACGACUACUAUGUCGACGACGCUAAGCAGCAAUAAUAGUAGCAGUAAUUUUAGCAAUAGCAGCGUCGGCGCCACCACUCUGAGUACCAGUAACAGCAAUAGCCACAGUAGUAAUAGUAGUAGUAACAACAGUAUCAAUGUAAUACCGGGCCAGAGCCCAACGUUGGGAACGGGCGGAGACGUUGGCAAUCGUAUGCAAGUGCUAAGCAAUGUGACGUUGGUGUCGAAGGGUCAGCAACCUCAGCAGCAACAGAUGCAAUUACAAAUGCCGCAAACGACGGCCACCUUCAAUUACAUCGAUUCAAGCGGGAAAAACAUAAACGUGUACACUUCGAUCUGUGGCAAGCUAAGUUCCAGCAAGCUGAUCAGUUUGCCGAUAGCAAAAAUGAAAAAUCUCAACAACCAUCAGCAGCACCAGUUCGUCGGUUCGCAGCAGCACCAGCUAUUGUCGUCUUCCUCGUCCGUUUCAAUGCCUCAGCAACAACAUGUACCGACGGUGUCGAUCGCUGGUGGCAUCCUUACCAGUACCAGUAACAGCAGCGGUAACAGCAUUGGCUCAACGUCGGCUACAACAACGAUGGUCCAGAAGCUUACGAUGCCUCGAAACAUUCAGCUUGUAACGCGAAUACCAACAUCCAACAGUAGCGGAGGGCCGACAUCCAAUCAGACGGCUACAACAGCGCUUAGCAAUGGCAGUCGUAUACUGCAACAGCCCCAGACAAUUCAGUACAACAACACGAUCGGACAGAUUCAGGAUACUGGGGGCGGAGGAUUAGCGACGAUCGGUGGAACACCGAUAGAGCUGAAAAAUGUUGUAACCGCCCACGUAAAACCAAUCCCUGUAACGAGCAAGAGCAAGGUUAGCCAGAAUGCAUCACUCAAAAUGUUGCAACAGCAGCAACCAAGACUGUCAAACGUGACGCUAAAGCCACUCGCCGUCAUGAAGCAGCAGCAGCAGCAGCUGCAACAGCAGCAAUCAUCGACAGCGGUUAAUGUGAGCUUAAAAACAGUCCGAAAUAACCAAUCGUCGCAAAAGGGAGCAGGCACCAUUGGGAGCAACGUAACGCCGAGCAAUGUUUCAUCUUCGAUGUUUUACAUGAAGAGCAAUAGCGGGCCCGCAUCUGUACCAUCCGGAGGGUCACUGGAGUUGCAACAGAUGGGAGGAACCGUACCGACGUCGUCCGCUUACACUACAUCAACCGCACAAGCUGUCUAUCACAAUGCCCAAGCCAUUCAGCAACAGGCGCAGAUGAUGAUCCCUGUAUCAUCCUACGCCCAGAAUAACAGUAGUAGCAGCAAUAGUAUAAGUGCUGGAACUGCUACGCCGCUAAACAGCAUAAAAUUGACGGCUCCAAUUCACCAUAUCCUAGGUGGAUCUAAACAAUCUGGCACCACGGGUGUUAACAUGCUGAAAGCGGGUAAAAAUCAGCUGAUACAGAUACAUCAGGUAUCAUCGCAGUCCCGUACGCAAUCUCCACAGCUGCAGAGCUCGUUCAUUGGUAACAAUGUUGGUGUAAGCGGAAUCCAACAGCAGCAGGUCGUGUUGCAGCACCACCAACAACAACACACACCCGGAGCUACAAUGAUGAUAAACGUACCCAAUUCGCUCACAAAUAGCAAAGUACCUAGUGGUAGCCGGUUCACACCUUCUUCGAUCGGUAGUGCGACUAACUACAUUGUGAGUUCCUCCGCAUCUAGCAUGGGAGUGUUCGGAACUGCUGCAACAUUAACUACGACAAGUUCAUCAACAAUCUCAGCACCAACAGUAGGUGGGAGCGGUCAUAAAGGAUUAAACAAUCUCUACACGGCUGCUGCCACUGUUGGAGGAUACGAUCAGCAGACGCUUGUCGAUGCGGUGUCAAAAUAUGCCAGUGGAAAGAGCGCUGCAGGCAACACCCUAUCGAAUGUUAUUAAUCCUUCGUCGUCGAAAUCUGGCAAAGGUGCUGGAGGUCGUGGACGCCACAAUAGCGGCAGCCAAUUUCAGCUACAUACUUCCGUUGCCUCGUCUCCACCGGUUCCUCCCCAGCACUACGUGUCAUUGGACCAUCAGUUGCCACCGUCGUCAGGAAUAGAUCAGCAUCCAUCAGCACAACAAACGUCUGUAAAUCAUACGUCAUCGUCACCGUAUCGUUAUGCAUAUACCUCCUCCCCAUCGAGCCUGACAUCCGGCAGGACGACAGUACCGCAACAGUCUGGAGCAAAUUCAUCCGGCGAUGCAGAUAUGAUCUAUUUGAACGGUCAGUCGGAUGAAACGGCCACAGCGAGAAUAUUACAGAGUUUGUCGCAAAAAUCGCACGAAACCUCCGGCAGUAAUGCGAAAACCUACGCCCGACACCAUUCAUACGAUCCAUCGCAAUCCUCCGGUACAGGAACCGGGGCUGCAAAUAGGCAUCGGUAUGAUUCGUCUGGAUCGACGGACGGUCGUAGAAUGAGCGGGUCUGUCGAAGCUACAACGAUCCUGUACGCGGACAGUAUUCCAUUGCGAGAAUGCAAUACGACAAACACAAUCCAACAUCCCGCACACUACUCCGCCCGGGACGAUGACGAAGGAAACAGCAUCGAAGUGCGCCCAGGUCCGGUGGAUCCGUCCGCCGGUCUUUACUAUAUCCUGCAGGCCAUAAUGCAGGAUCACACCUACUGUGAGCCCGUUUCGUCGAAUGUUACAGAACAACACAGGAACGCUUUUCCACCGGGAGUUAUUUCAUCAAAUUUGCAAAAUAUCCCAUCGAAUGCUGCAGCAAUAGUCCCCGGUUCCGUUAUGUCUGGUGUCGAUACAAGCAGCUCGACGGUGGUAACCACGACACCGUUGUCUUCGGGGUUGAAUUCUGCAACGACGACGAUGACCGCUCCGUACGUUCCCUCCAGUAACAGUUCGUCCAUAGUAAUACCAUUGGCACAGAUGAACUUGGCAAAGUUGACUUCAGCAGCUGUAGCGAGCGAAUUGUUAGGAAACACGAAAGGAAAUCCCGGCGGUAUGUUCGAGUAUCUGUACCAGGCUAAGGGGGGAUUGUCUACAGCUCGCCCGGGUGCUAACGACGAUAAUGACGAUACACAAUCGGUAAUUAGUACUGGUUCCCGUGCGGGACAUGAUAAUGACUUGGGUGAGGAAACGGAUACGGCUCCGGAGGGUGAAGGGGAAGACGACUCCGUUACGCGUUGCAUCUGUGAUUUGACGCAUGAUGAUGGCUAUAUGAUAUGCUGUGAUAAAUGCUCCGCCUGGCAGCAUGUCGAUUGUAUGGGAAUCGAUCGAAUGAAUAUACCGGAUGAGUACAACUGCGAGCUCUGUCAGCCCCGUCCCGUCGACAAAGCACGCGCACGUCAGCUGCAGCUGCACAAGCGCAAAGAGCAGAGCCUGUUUUUCGCUAACAACAAUGUUACAGUUUCGGGAGCAACAUCCUCGUCGGCUGUAACAUUGACGGAAGCAGUUGUAUCCGGUGCGAAUCAGCAGUUGCCACCGACACCACCGCUGAGUGUGAAGGGAGGCAACCAACACCAACAGUACGGCCAUCAUCAGCAGCAGUAUCAGUACAACGAUGUUAUGUCGCAUUCGCAGCUGCAGGGACACUUGCAGCAGAGUAAUGGUUCCACCGGAACAAAUCAUGCCGCCCCAGCUACGCCUGCGAGAGGUUCGAAAAAGUCAAAAUCCGGAGGCAUUGGCGGGUCGCGCAAGAAAUCGGACAGUAUUUCAUCUUCCACGUCGAUAAACUCUUUGAUGGGAGGCACAAAUAAUGUUAGUAACAUUGUAAAUGCUAUGAGCAUGGUACCGAUCAGUUCGUUCACACCGUCAGCGAUGGUGAUGAGUAGUAGCGAAGGUGUGCCAUUGGGAGGUGCUAUAAUUCCGCCUGGCGGAACAAUGAUGGAUCCAGCUGCAGCAAACAUGGCCGCAUUGGCAUUAACCGCGUCGCAGAUGGGCGGUGGGCUACCUGCUCCAAUGUCAACAGCAUCCGUACCAAUGUACUGUGAUAGUAGCAAUAGUACCGGUGGAGUGACGAAAAAGCUCGGUAAAAAAGCCGAUACAGCCCUAAGCAAUCGUUUGAAUGGUGGCAAGCGUGUGGUAGCAGGCAAAGAGCUACGUUCCGUUGCUAUCGGUGCGUCUUCGGUCGCUGCAUCGCGACCAUCGAAGAAAAAGUCGAAGAGUGCGGAACAAAGCACGGAAAAGCUGAUGAACAUGAUACGGACCUGGAUAGACAGUUACGAGCGUGCGACAACGAAUCAUUACUCGCCGGAGUUGAGAGCUCGGUUGCAAGCGUUCGCCAAACUGCAGGCACAGAACCCCCUGUUGACGGACUGUCGGCUGCUAACGGUGCCGGGUGGAGUGAAUCAACCGCCACGUUGUACCACCGUGCCGCACGCGGGCGGAAAAAUACUUAUCGGUAUGAGCGAUAUCGAACCUCGGACACCGAUUAUUGAGGUCCGCGGUAAAUACAUGCUUACCACCCAGCACAAACAGCUCCAGUCGCUGUUUAACAUGGCUGCGAAUGGUAAGCUAAGCCAGAACAAGAAUGCCGGUCCGUUCCUAUUUCUCUACCAGUUACCAGCCGCUGGCUGUGGUGGGAUGGAGCUCUGCGUCGAUACGCGCACGUACGGUAACGAUGCAAGGUUCGUGCGACGAUCCUGCCGACCUAAUGCAGAGCUCUUGCACAGCGUAGAAAAAGGCGUGGUGCAUCUGUACAUCGUAGCGACUACAAACAUAAAAUCGAACACAGAGAUUACCAUCCGUCACGACGAACAGCUGAUUCAUCGAAUGGGAGGUGUCGUCAUACUUACGCAUACGACUGUAACGAACGUGUGUGCAUGCGGUUUGAUUAAAGACUGUGCGUAUUCGUCACAGCUGAACGAUUCGACGGGAUUAACCGGUGGUUCUGCUCCAGCAGGUGGAAGCACGGUAGCUCCUGCUGGAACUGCAGGAACUGUAGGUGCAAAGAGUAGUGGGAAGGUUGGCUCGAAACGGACACUUGGCGAGAGUGGGCUCGAUCAGCCUGGAAAGGGAAAAUCGAAGAAGACUCGCAAUAACAGCACCAGUCGGUCAGUCGAUGGGCGUAAUCGAUCAAUUUCUUCCAGUGGUGGUGAGGGCGAAUCCAUGUUUGGAACACCUCUGGGUGCAGGUCAGUCAGGAUGUAUGAUGUCACCACCAACACCCACUACCAUGCAGCCAGUAGCCCAACAACAACCGAACAUACAUCAAGAACAUCCACAGCAACCGCAAGCGAUGAUGCUGGGUCCACCGGUGAUGGGAUCUCCAUUACCACAGCCCCAAGGAAUCGCAGCUAUUGGAUCACCUUUUAUGUAUUGCCAAGCGCCAGUAGCAUCACCACAUCAUCCGUCAUCCGGCCCACAGCAAACGAGUACCAUGCCUCCGACGUCACCAUAUCAUCAGUACGAUAUGAAUGCACCACUUCGUUCACCACCAGCUCAUAUGACACCGGUGCAAUCUCCACAGCAAACACCUCCACUGUCUGGUGGUGCACCCAAUCCACUGAUGGCAAUAAAUACCGGUGUACCGCAACCCUUGACCCUUCCUCAUCAAUCACCUAUCAAGAUGCAGCAGCUCCAGCAGCACUUCCAUGAGCAACAACCGGAAGCGGCCGCUGCCCUGCUGGCCAUGGCAUCCGGUGGUGGAUGUAUCGGGUCUCGGCCGGGAACGGCGGCACUAGAUGCAGCGCUUCUCGAACAUGGGACGCGCAUGGAGCUGAUCCAGCAGCAGCAACAACUGCAUCGCCUCGAAAUCAUGGAGGAUGUUAUGAAGAUACAGAUUAAGCCUUCCCCGCCUGCAUCACCACUAAAACCACCGAUUACUGGUCCAAGAAGUUCGCCCGUGUCUCUGUUGCUAUCACCGAAUAAAUCCAUACCACAACAGCAGCAGCAGCAGCAGCUUACCUUGGUCGGAACGAAGGAGAUCAGUGGAACAGUCCUAUUUCCCCAGCAGGGUACAGCUCAGAUCAAACAAGAACCGGGAGUACCGGGUGCGGUCAAUGUAGAUGUGGUAGAUUCGGUUAAGAAAGAGUUCUGGGAAGCGAAGGAAGUACAGUUGCAUCCUAGCGGCGUUGCACCGUCAGUAUCUACUUGCGACGGGAAGGAGGUGAAAGAUAGUUCGUGUGAGGUGAAGGACGAAAAAUCGCCUCUGUCGCUUGAGAUUGAGGAAAAGCUGGUGCCAACCACAACCAUGGCAGGUGAGAGUGGUAAUGUUACGAUUAAAGCAGAACCGACACCACCUCCGAUGCCAUUCGGUGAGAAAAAACAGGAGCAGCAAUCGCCUCCACAACCAUCCACUCCAGUGCUAGAACAACAACAACCACUGGUUGUGGGCACUACAGGAUCUGUUCCAUCAUCUCCACAUAAGCGCUCCAGUUCACCGAACAAUCACCAUCACCAUCAUGCUGGACAUCAACAUUCGUCGAGCAAAAGCAAGAGGAGUAGCGCAAGCGGAGAACAGCAACAUACACGCUCGGAGAAAAAGCAAGCGGCAGAAAAGCCAAGUCGUAAGCUGACCCGUGAGGAGCGGAAAAUGGAAGCGAUAGUGAAGGCAUUUGCAAAGAUGGAACAAUCGCAACAACGCAAACAGGAGCUGAAGGAGCAAAAGAAGGACGGUGUUUCAAUUCCGGGCAGUAAGCGACGCAGCGUUUCUACUUCGAAUGCCGGAAUGGGAGGUAAUAUGUCCGAUGACGGUGCGAUCGAUGGUCCAGCUGGUGCGCUGUCAACAUCCAGCGGUGCAUUGUCCGCUAAUACUUCUUGCGAUGGUGUAAAUGUCGAUCAUUCGUUCGGGACCUCGUUCAACGCCAGUUCAUUCUCCAGCGGUGGCAGUUGCAGUGGAAGCAGCAGCAGUGGCGGUGGCAAGCGGAAAACUAGCAUCCGAUCAUCUUCUAAAACGCGUUCAUCGAAAAAGAAGAAGAGCAAGGCGGUCAGUCAGCAUUUCGCAUCCUCGACGCAGCAACGUCGGAAGAAGCUCGCAGCAGCGGCAGCUCGGUCAAGAACCAAAUCAAAGCCAACGGGCAAUAGUCGGGUACAACAGCAACAGCAGCUAAAAGACCAGCGGGAUCAAAAUCAACUGCAAUCGACAAACAGUGUUGAUGGUGAAUCGUACGGUGCUAGUCAUUACGAUAAAGCAGCUGAGCUUUUGCUUACCUUUUCGCAAUCGGCUACCAGCAGCAGUGGUGCGGCACAAUUAAUGGGAGUCACGUCGGCAAACGUUGGAGGCGAUCCAUCUGGCAUGGGCGUACAGCCGCCAGUUGGUAGUGGAAGCCUUCCGAUGUUGAGUUCCGCCUGUAUGCUGAUUGAAGCGGCUGUUGGCCCAUUAGAAAACGCUUCCACUAUGUUGAUGGGUGGACGUCCCUUGAAUCUACCCAGUUCGGUGAUGCCAUCUACUGCAGUACCGUCUCCGCCCGUGAUUGGGCAGGUGCUAGAGUCACCCGUACCCGCGGAGCAACAAGAUUUCAAGUACCCGGCCAAGGCAAAAACGAAGAAAAGCAUGAGCCGGGAAUGGUUAAGCGGCCAUCAGCUUGCACUGGAGCAGUCCGAUUCAGGUUAUGCGACAACACCGACCGAAGAUCGAAGCAAUGCGAUUGAUGUUGGUUCAUCGUUGCCGCACCAUCGACAGCCGUUACAUUUGAAAACCAACUUCGAUGAUCAAACCGGCGCUGGAGAAGGUGGUAAUAUUAUGAUUGCCGCCAAGAAGGUGGAAGAAUUCAUAAUGCAAAAUUCUCCACAGCCAGAUGAUAAUGCGACAAACUGUGCUUCGUCCGCAUCGGUUGUAAUUUCUUCGUCCAGCCAACACACCGGCCCCGGCAACAAAUGGCCAACGACUGUGUCGUCCAGUGGCGAAGUGAGUACGGGCGGUUCGUCCGAAAAGAUGGAGAGUGCCGCAGUAAAGAAACGUUGGCUCCGGCAAGCCAUAUCGGAGGAAACGGAUGAACAUCCCGGAGGGCCCGGUGUCGGCAUACAUUCAUGUUCUUCGUCGUCAUCUUCGCCACCGCCACCCAAUGGUUUUACCACUCCGCUUAAGAAACGACGUGUUAUUCGGGAAAAUCCAUUAACAUCGGAUUCGAACAAUCAGACCAUUGUUGCAUCAGACUCACAGCACCAGCAGCAGCAUUUGCAACAGCAAAUGUUCGUUUCAGCGAGUGCCUCCAUCGCAUCGAGCUAUACGGACGGUGGCAACUUAGUGGUGGGUGGAGCUAAUAGUGGACCCAACAGCAGUACGAUGUUUUGGGAUCAUUCCGUCUCACCGGAGAAACAGGCGAUGGAUCUUUCCUCUCAUCGCGCCCCACCGAACACUGGUGGACCGGUGAAAAUGCUUACUCCUCUUCACUUUGCUGAUCCUGGACCAAUGCCAACAGCAAGUCCGACUACGCCAUCAGUAACGGUACCGCCAACAGCGACAGUCCCACCAUCGGGGUCACCGGCUCAGGUGGUAUUAGCUGCUCAACAGCAGCCUUCGCCUACCAUUCCCGUUCAUCCCCAGCUACAUAUUGCGGGUGGUGUAGGUGUUACACCGCCAGCGCAUCAGCUACAUCAUCAUCACCAUCCGUACCCACUGUUACAGCAAAUCCGACACCAUGCGCACCACACGAUUUCCCUGGCAAUGGCUACACAAAUGCCGUAUGAACCGAGCGUGGUAAUGGAAGAACCAUCAUCCAGUAGUGUUGAACAACCGUUAGCGGUGAUUGCACCAGAAAUGAAGGAAGUAGAAAAGGAAUCACACUAUACGCCAACAACAGCUGCUUCGGUGUUCACAGGACCGCCACUUGCUGAAGUAAUCGAGGAACAAGUAGUGGAGCAGGAAGUAGACGAGGUGAUCGACCAGGAGGAGGUAAUGGUAGAGCAGGAAGUGAUGGUUGAACAGGACGAAAUAUUGGAACAGGAAGUGGUCGAACAGGAAGUGGCGGUGGAGCAAGAGGUAAUGGACGGUCACGAGCAGCCGAAAAAUGAUUCCACAACUAUCGUCGACGCUUGUGCUGCGUCUGAAGAAACCGAACCGGCGAUGGAAGCAUGCCAAUCGGAGGCAGAGCUUUCGGAACCGGUGAUCGACAGCAAAUCAUCUACACCCAGCAAAGGAAGCCAGAAAUACAUCGAACAUGAUGUAGAUGAUGAGUUCGCCGACCUGGUGGAAGAGAUUGUGCAGGAGUCGUACGUGGUCGAGCAGAAAAAAGCGUCGGCAGAGAAGGCUCUGCAAAAACUGCAACGAGAAGCGGCUAAAGAAUUGGCUAUUUCUCCCGCUGCAGAUGCCGGAACAUUAUCUUCGGAAGCAACGGGAGCAGGGAAAGUACAGGAAAGUACAGACCUCAAAUAUGACCGUGCGAGUGCGAGCUCUGGACCAAUGCCUGAAGCGUGUUCUGUCGUCAAGAAGGCUGAUACGAAGGCUAACAAGGAGUGUCUUAAAGAACAAGAACAACCGGCGAGGCAGGUGCCUUCGGAAGCUUCAAGGAAGAAAGACAACAAAGCCGUUGGUGUUGAGUUCAGCUAUUCCGUAACGGAAUCAGAAAAGAGUGCGGUAAACGAGGACCAACGCGACGGAUCGGGCGUGGAUUCGUUAUCAUCCACGUUUGAUGAAAUUGUGGAAACGAUUGUCGAGGAACGGCUGGCCGCAAUGAACGACGAAUGUCCAACGGAGGUAGUUGACGAGGGUGAACAUGCCAGCGACGAUACGGACGGUGGUGUGGAAGAGGAAUCGGUGCUGGUGUACGUGCAAGAGGAAGAGGAAGUAAGCAACACCAAGGUGCGCAUCGAAGAUGAGGAUAGUGAGGAUGCGCUGAUGCGUGAGGUAGAGGAAGAGAUGCUGGAAAUGAUGUCGGAAACCAGCGUACUGCGAAAGGGUCUAUCAGGCACGAACGAAGAUGAGGAGGAAAGGGACGUACGGUUCAUUGCGGAGGAAGAGGACGAGCCGGUUAAGCCGGCGGUGGUUGUGAAACCUACCAAAAGCGACAGCGCUACUGAAUGGCCAAUACCAACGGUAGUUAGUUGUUCGCCGAAAAAUGUCGCCAAUGGUACGAAAGAGGAAUCGAACACCAAAUCGACACCGCCAAUAACGCGUCCUGCUGCCGCCACGGAAGAUAACGAGCAGACCGAACUUGCCGAUCUGCAAAAGGUGAUUGCGUCGUUCCAUUCCGAGAACAUCAUGAAUCUGAUCUCGAGGAACCGCAGCAAGUCGAAGAAGGGUGGUAGUAGCAGCGUAUCUCCACCGAAUGUAGUUAGAACGCCAUCGGAAGGUGUUACGGUGAAGAAGCAGGUGAAGCUUAACUUCGACCUAUGCGUGAAGGAUGACGCUGUCAAUGUAACAUUGCAAAAGACGACUGCCGGCGCGGAAGCCACGGCUGUCGGAAAUGAAACUACAACUUCUGAGACAAGUUCUCAGGCAUCAAGUUGUAGUGCCACUGUGUUACCACCGAUGGUUUUGCCACCGUCGUCAGUGUCGGUGCUCGCAGCAUCCUCAACAACGGUAGCGACUUCCUCGCUCAUGUCGACAUCAUCAUCACCUUCAAGCAGCGGAAUUGGUAGUAAUUUGCAUACGAUCAAACCGAUUCCUGCCCCUAGCAAUGUGGUCGUGGGUAGUGUCAUUCCAUCGAUAACAACGUUCGGUGGCGAACCGAUCCGUUCGUUCUCAACCCUUCGACCGGAUCCUCCUAUGUCGUCAGCAGGUUUGGUACCGGGAGGACAUCUCAGUACUCUCGGUGGAUACCAUCUGCAUCAGCGUACCGGUACGGGUAGCUCAUCCUUCUUAGACUAUUCACCCGUCGGUUCGGCAGUCACACCGUCGGCUGGAGCGCCGUCGACCGUAGCUACAGGAGCAACCGGUGGAAUCUAUCAGUACCGCUCGGAGGUAUCGAAUCUACUUGAGCGUACCUCAAUGUUGGCACCGCUUCACCGUCCUACGAGCUUCUCGACACUUGGUUCACUAACAUCACCCUUGGUUGGUAGUGGAAGUGUCAAGUCAUCGCUUCUGCUCGGCUCCACCGAAUCGUUAUCAACCCUCGGCAGUACGGCUGCUACAUCCAUCGUAGCCGGCAACCUAACACCGACGGGAACAACUCCACCGGGAGGCUUACCUGCCGUUGGAAGCUAUCCGAAGAUAUACACCAAAACAGCUAGCUCGGAUCCACGGCUUAAUCCGGCACUGGUUGCAGCACCGUCCGGCACGGACGCUACGUCCACCCCUGGAACAAGUCCAGCAAGCGCCCCGAUUACUCCGAAACGCAAACUCUCCAUCACGGAGUAUCGCAAGCGUAAGCUGCAAACUUCCACCGAAGGGAACGCUUCAUCGACGACAAGCACAACACCGACCACCACCACAGGAAUGGGAGCGUCGGCGACACUGUCGCCGUCGGCAGCUAUAGCAUCCGUGUCGGCCCUAUUGGCGGCAUCGAAGGGAAGCAGAAGGGAAGAGUCUACAGCUGGUGGUGGGACGUCUGCCGUGAGCAGCACGAUCAGCAGCAACGAUGUGAGCAGCUCGAUCAGCCGGGAGCUUAUUAUGGCGCUGGAUCUCGACCUACCGGAGGAAGCGAAAUCGGGCGACAAUUCCAACUCUUCGUCAUCUUCGUCCAGUAUCGGUGGUCGCGUUCGGGGUGUGGUGGCCGGUAUUAGCAAUGGAACGUUGGGGAAACUGAGUGGUAAAGAUCCGAGCGGGGGAAGUAUUUCACCGGCGGACCAUGUAACAACAAAUCACCAUUUGCACCAUCACAACCACUAUGAGGGACUGUCGUCCACUGAAGAAAUAACGACCACUUUCAGUGCUACGCCUACCUUGGCCGAGUUACGCAGCGAGGGUGGAAUGUCGGCAGAGCGAUUAAAAUCGCUCAAAUAUUUCCCAUAG